AUGGCAUCCAAUGGGACUUCCAAGCCAAAAGGUGGCAAGCUCCUUGUUCUUCCAGGAGAUCACAUCGGGCCUGAGGUAGUCACAGAAGCUCUGAAAGUACUGGAUAUCAUCGAAGAAUAUUCUGGUGCCAAGUUCGAGCGGGACUUCGAUCUUUGUGGUGGCAGCUCGCUCGAUAAGCACAAGGACUCAGUGACGGAAGAGGUUCUGAAGAAAUGCGAGAAUGUCGAUGCUGUCUUCUUCGGCAGUGCCGGUGGACCAGAAUGGGGGACCAGCCAGCCAAACCCUGAGAGUGGCCUGCUCAGAAUACGGCACAGGAUGCAGAUCUUUGCUAAUAUGCGACCUUGCAAUUUCGCCAGCAAGAGUAUGGUCAGACGAAGUCCGAUCAAAGAGGGGAUCAUCCGCGGCGUGGACUUCAUGUUGAUUCGCGAGAACUGUGGUGGUGCUUAUUAUGGUAACAAGAUCGAGGAAGAAGAUUAUGGUUGCGACCCUUGGGAGUAUCGUCGAUCAGAGAUCGAGCGGGUUGUGAGGGUGGCUGGGGCGUUGGCAAUGCAGCAUGAUCCACCUCUAACGGUAUGGAGCGCAGACAAAGCAAAUGUGCUGGCGAGUUCGCGGGUGUGGAGAAGAAUAGCCCAUGAGGUAUUUGACAAGGAGUUUCCAGAGGUCACCCUGCGUGAUCAGCUAGCAGACAGUCUGGCUAUGCUCUUUAUUACGAAGCCGACGGCAUUCAACGGCGUGAUUGUGACGGACAACACUUUCGGCGACAUCCUCUCGGACGAAUCCGGUGGGCUGACCGGCAGCCUUGGUCUCUUACCUUCUGCUUCACUGGCAGGUCCUCCUGCUGCGCCAGGCCACAAGCCUACGCUUGGAGCUAACAGUGCUGGUGGAGUUAUCGGCCUGUAUGAGCCUGUGCAUGGCUCUGCUCCAGAUAUCAGUGGCAAAGGGCUGGCAAAUCCUGUCGCACAGGUGUUGAGCUUAGCAAUGAUGCUACGCUACAGCUUCAAUAUGCAUGAGGAAGCCGAUCUCAUCGAGAAGGCCAUCGCGAACGUGUUGGAUAGCAAGGAAGAUGGUGGUCUUGAGGUGCGAACCGGAGAUCUAGGUGGGAAGGCCGGCACUCGUGAGAUGUCCGAAGCCAUUCAGGGCGAGGUCAAGAAGCUGCUGCAAGCAAGAUAA